ACAUGCUAACAUGCUUGUUUCAGUAAGUGGAGUAGCUGUAUGUAGCACUCUGCGAUGUGUGUACAGUUUGUGUUAAUAUGAAUAUACUUUUAAGUUAGUCGUGACUUCUGCGUGUUUAUUUUGUCUUCGUGGGUCGAACAUGUCAACGGACGCAUCAAAGCACGAGCUCACCCAUCUGAUCUACCGCCAUUUGAAGGAGCAGGGUUUCCACUCAGCUGCAGAUGAGCUACAGAGGCACAGCCUACAGCAGGGGGAGAAAGCAACAUCUGCAACAUUAUUGGACAUAUACAGUUCGUGGGUAAAUGACUCAAAAAAGAAAAAGAAGCCAAAGUCAGUCAAAGGGACUCCAGUUAAGGCCACUCCAAAGAAAAAGAAGGACAAACCUACAAACAAAGCAGAGACACAGAAAAAGAAGUCUUUGCCAGCGAAAAGGAAAAUAAGUGAAGUUAAAUCUGCAGAAAAUGUCAUCAGUGCAAAAAAAUCAAAGACCCAAACCAAAGACGAGGUGGUGGCUGCUGUAGGACAUGAUUCAGACUCUGACAGCAGUCUGGAUGUUGAUAAAUGGAAGAAAAUGGUCUUGCAGAUGACAGAGUCUGACAUGGCCAAGAUGGACACCAUCAAUGCUCUGGACUCGUCCGCACCACCACCCAUUAAAAAGAGAGUGAGGAAACCCCGGGCCAAGCAUCCUGCCAAAACCGACACUCCAGUUCACCAGAAUAACAGGACAGUUGGAAAGAAUGAAAUGGUGGAGGAGAAAGCCGGGACACAAACGCCAACAAAGAAUAGUAAACCCAAGAGGAGCAGGUCAAAGAAGGGUGCACCUGUGACCUUGCCUGCCCCCCCGGGCCAAAACCCUGCAGAGGACGGGCCAGCAGCGUCAACUAUUUCCCCCUCAAAACAGACACCACACAAAGAGAAAAGAAAAAAAGAUGCAACUCCGACUGAAGAAAAAACGGAUGAGACAACACCUGAGCCCAAGAAGAAGAAGAAGAAGAAGAAAAAGGAGAUCACUGAAGAUAAGGUGGAAGAGAAUUCAAAAGGUGGAGAUGGAAAAGACAAUGACGGUGAAGAGCAAAAGAAAACUGUAGUUACAGAGCAAGACUUUGCUGAUAAACCUGCAGAGGAGAAGAAAAAGGCCAAACGAAAAAAGGGAGAUAGUAAAAUGAGUAUUAUGGAAGAAGAAAUCGAGAAGAACAAAAAUGGGGAUGUUGAGAACGAGGAAAUUUCAGAGCCGAUAGUGCAAGAAAAGAAGGCCAAGAAGAAGAAAAAGGAGAAAACUGAUAGUGGGGAAAAUCCAUUGCGGAUAGUGGAAGAAAAGAAAGUGAAGAAGAAGAAGACAGUUGAUGGUGAGGAAAAUCCAGAGCGGGUAGCUAAAGAAAAGAAAGAAAAGAAGAAAAGGACAGCUGGUUGUGAGGAAAACUCUGAGCAAAGAGUAGAAGAAGACAGAGAAAAUGCAGAACAGGUAGUGCAAGAAAAGAAAGCAAAGAAGAAGAAAAAGGAGAAACCCGAAGAAGACAAUUCCGAGCAGAUAGUUGAAGAAAAGAAAAAGAAAAAAAAGCACAAAUCUGGCCAGAAUGAGGAGACGUCAGAGCAGAUAGCUGAAGAAAAUACAACAAUGACAAGUAAAUCGGAGAGCCAUGACGGAGAGGAGACCCCAGAGCAGACAACUGAAGUGAAGAAAAAGAAAAAGAAGAAGGACUCGUUGAAAAAUAAUGACACAGAACCACUACCUCCACCCAACCCCGUGACAUCAAGUCCUCCAACAGAGAAGAAGAAAAAGGAAAGCAAGUUGAAAUCUGCUGAGGUCCCAGAAGCCCCUGCGGUUUCUGUCCAAGAUGCUUCGGCCUCACUAACCCCCCAAACGCCCUCAAGUGACCCCAGCCACAGAAAGAAAAAGAGUUGUGAAGACGUUUGAUUCUUCAUCCCUGAAGAAACAAAAGGAUGAAGGCGACACAUCCAGUCCUCCUUGUUUCUAAUCAUAUUUCAAUGGUUAGAAUGAUCACUUAAAACUGUAUAGACAAAAUGACUUUUCUACUCUGGUACAUUUUUACAUUCUAAUUUUAAAAAUCUUUUUUCAUGUGUUUUGUAUGUUUACCCACAUCGUCCGGCCUACGAUGCCACAGCUGUUGUUGUCACUGUUAUCUGAUAGUGCCAUUUUCAUGGCAAGAAUGUAUAUGUAAGGGUUUAAAUCUAAUUCUCUUUCUGUCUCAGGAAGAUUUUAUAGUUGUGAGUCUUCAGUUAUGCCUAUUAACUCAGAUAUUUGUGAGAAAAAAGAACGCAUCACAAUUUUGAUAAGUUUUAUAUUUAUCAAAAAUAUAUGGAAAAGGGUUUUUAAAGCCCAUUUGAUGCUGUUAAAUUUCUAUGUUUGUUCAAAUCUUGCUUUUUUAAACAUGUUUUAAAUGUCUGAUGAAGAUUUUGCAUAUGCAUUGUACAUUGUGCUUUUAAUACAAAUUAAACUCCAUAGUUUUUU